CAUUGUGUGCAUACAGGCCACUUAACUUGAUAUGUGAAGGGUUUGCACAGUAGACUAUGCCGGUAUGUCGUGUAUAUGGGGCAAAGUUCACGCUAUAUUCUAGCUCGGAUCGAUCCCGCGUUGAAAAUUGCAAGUCAUAUUGAUUUGGAAUACAAUAUUUGCACAAGCACAUCUAUCCGUUUCGCCGUAGAAUUACAUGUAGUUGCUGGCAUGCACAAUUCACAUGAUGUAGGUAGCUAUGCUGGUACGGGCUCUACAAUAUACACAUGCGAACAGAAGUAUAAGAAAGAGAUACAUGUAAUUAUGCAUAUGCGCCCACUCGAUGUACAUUAGGAUGGUAUAUGCUCCUCUGGGACCGGAAAGGUGUAUCGGUUAUUUUCGCUAUUUGACUUCAAAGUUCGGGAUCAGCUGCACCUUCACUAUAUCAGAGGAAGGGGUCAACGUGGCGCCGCUGACAUAAUCUGAGAUCCGGAAAAACACUAUUCUUCGUAGGAAAUCUAAUUCAGCUUAACUGACGCAUAUAUAUACAGAUUCGCAAUGACUUCCAAUCUGCUGAGCAUCAACUUCCUACGGCAGUUGAUACGCCAUGAGCAACGUCUCAACCAAACAUCGACAUUUCAUAAGACUCUAAGCAGGAGUUUCAGGACACCUUCAACAGGGCGGAAGGCAUCAUCCAGACCGACCAAUGUAUUGAAGGUUGCGGGGGUGUGCCUAACCGGUGGUGCAGCAGCUCUUUUUGUCGCAACGAACUGGAAAGGAGUCACCAGAAUGUUUUCAUCGCUAUGCUAUCGAGAUAAUUUUUCGCCUUUUCAACUAGUUUUAAAAAGAUCUCUCUGUGCCCCGGGAAAUCCGAAGGGCACUCCCGAACGGGACCUUCCCGGUUGGACCCCGAGGACGAAGGAGCUUUACGAGGACUAUCAGAGACAGCUUCUCCGGGACUCCACGGGCUGGAAAGAGAUGCUCAACUCGGUGAGCAGGGAGAGAAACAAACGGCUCUAUACGCUUAAUCACCCAGAAUACGGCGCCACCUUUGAAUACGUCAUGUUCUCCAACGAGGAGCAGAAGAAAAGCAUAUCCGUCGUGCAGUUUGGAGAGAAGGUCCAGGGGCCUCCGGGAUAUGUCCACGGAGGAGCUAUAGCAACGAUUGGUGACGUCUGCGCUGGAGUCCUCAUCCAUGAGGGCCUAAAUAUCAAGACGUGUGUUACUGCAAAUCUAAGUGUCAAUUAUAAAAAGCCUUUACCUCUAAAUUCCACUAUCGUUAUAGAGACUGUAGUGGACAAGAUAGAUGGGCGGAAGUAUUUCACAACAAGCAUCUUCAAGAGUCCUGAUGGUAGCAAAAUCUACGACACUGUCACGACUGUUUUCGUAGAUGUUUCUUAUUAUUCAAAGAAGGAAUCGGCAGCAAAAAGCUAAAUAAACUUAGUAUGUUUUGUCACUAAAAUUCUAUAGUGUCGUCACUUGAAAUGUUAAGGAAAAAAAAUUCUUCCAAUUCAUUAUAAUAUUUUGAUUUGUUGUAACUAUACAAUUUAUGAUGUAUCAUCGGUCAUGGAACCUUGAUAUUUAUUGGCUGUUGUGCAAUUUUUAACAUGGGAACUAGUGACCAUCAAUUAAAGAGUUGACAUUGAUAGUAUGUUUUUAUAUGACAAGUGUCUGUCAAGUAGUAGACUCAAUUUAUUACACCACUUGUAUCUAGUUCCCACUGUCAAGUUUUGCACCAUGAUUGAAACCGUGGUCUAAACUGUAAAGUAAUCGUAGUGGUUGUGUCAGAUCUUGGCAAUCAUUUUAGCUGUAGAAACAGAAAGAAUUGGACAACUCAGAGAUUUCUGCAAUCAACUACGAAAGGCCAAUCGGGUAAUGAUAAUAGCAGGGCCCGCCGGGAGAACAUUUCUUGGAAAUGAAAUGGCUACCCUUGGUAAAUAUAUUAUCAUUAUUGUUACUAUCGUAACGGAUCGCACAACGGUUGGAACGAGGUAUUAGAGAAUAAAAAUCAGCUUGUAUCUCUCAAAGCCAUUGCAGAAAAAAAAUCAAGAGCUAAAAUGAUAGAUUUUAAAUUCUUAGUACUCAUCAAGAUUCCUGGAAGGUCAUUGAUAUUAUGCCUACAAGAUGAAUUGAGAGAUAUUCUCCUAUAGUUCUUUGUAAGGUUAUUCUAGAUGUAUUCAAGUUUGCUGCAGCUGCUAGGGGUCUUUAUUUCACAAAGUUUCUUGCCAGUGAAACCACUGCUUCUGAUUGGCAGACUAUAUGUUGCAAUUGAAAAUCAAAACACUGAAAAAGAAGCUUCAGAAACAAAUUUCUUCAUAAUUAAACAUAUUUUUUCAACAAUUACUGGUACUUAUCGUAAUCCAUGAAACGGGGUCAAGCAAAGGUAAAUGAAAUAUGUGAUCCACUUACUAUUAACAGGAUUAAGAUCAAAUGUAGAGUAUCUUUGUUUUAGAUUUAUAGUACUUUCCUUCAACAUACUUGCUACCUAAAAAUCUUGAUUUACAUAAAGAAAUUUUCAUUUUCUUUUAAUUUGCUUUGAAAGAUGGCAUUGACUGAUAAACAGAGUCAUCAACAUCUACAAAUCCUUGAUCAUUGUCUUUAAAUUUUAGAAUCUGGGAUGCUUUUCAUUAGAAUUUGUUGUCUUCCAAGUUGUCGGAUAAGACACAAUUUUCAGAGGUUUAAUGGACAAGAAGAACAGUUGGCCGGGUGUUGCUGUGAUAACUGUCAGCUAAUAAAAACUUAUCGGUGUCAACGAAUGUAAGAAACGGUUCCAUUACUUCUAAGUUUGUAAAACGCUUGUCAAAUUUGAAACUUUUUAAAGGGAAAAAUACUGAUAUUUUGAAAGAUAAGAAAUAUUUUAGAGGAGGUAAAUCCUUGUGAAGUUUGAUUGAUGUGUUCAGUCAUCUACAUAAGGAAUGUAUUGUUUAUUAAUGCUGCAUUUUCAUUUAUCGAUACUAUUUAUAAUACUUCUUAAAAUGUAAUGAAUAUCAUUCUAACAAUCUAUGAUACUGAACUGAAUCCAUUAUAACCGGUGCUAAGGGUGCUUGCCUGUAUAUAUGUUUAUAAUUAUGAUUCAAUGUCAGGGUUUUUUAAUUCAAAUGUCUUAAACAAUGAAUGUGUACUGAUUACUUGUCAACGGAUGCACAAAGGAUUUUAAAGCAGACAGGGAUGAUGAUGCUCAAAGAUGUACAAGUAGAUAAAACUAGGAACAUGGGACAAUCCUCAUGAAAUAUUCUGAUAAUUUAGGAAGUGAAUUGUGUUUUAUAAUACUUAUUUUGUGGAUAUUUCCACUUUCAGUUUUCAGAGUACUGCAGCUUUAUGUGGUGAAUUAAUGACAAUCAUAGGGAGUAAGGAAUCCAAAUAAGACGUUUUUCUAUGUUUGUUCGGAAA